GCAAGAUGGCGUCUGACGGUGAAGACGUUAUUGCAGUCGUCACAGUUCAGUGUUCUUAAUCUGUGCCUCCAUGUACACAUAUAUGUCCUUUAUUACACUCUAGUAAAUAGAGUAAACAUCGUUAAUAACUGUUUGCAUCCGGUUAUAUUAGUCUGAGCGCACUUUGAUGCUUCUCGAGCUAGCUUAGCCUGCUAGUUAGCUUAGCUUGUUAGCUGCUAACAAAGAGAGGCGGAAGUGAUCAAAACACAUCACUAAGUAGAGAUCAAGUGUGAGUGUAAAGUGUUGUGAUUGUGUGAAAAUGUGCCAAAGAACCACAGCAGAGUACGAGGAGGAACUUUGUCCAACAAAAGAGGAGAAGGAGCGACAACAUGAAAAACAUCAAGUUGUGUUACACAGAACAGACAUCCAUCAGCUGAUUGGACACCAAGAAGAAUGUCUCCCUCAUCUGCAGGGGGACAGUUUCACUUUAGAGUAUCCACAGCUCUCACAUUUUAAAGGGGACAAAGAUGAGCCACAGCCCUCUUAUUUCAAAGAGGAAGAGGAGGGAGAGUGUCUUCUAGGGCAGGAGGAGGCUGAUGUCAGCAAGUUUCCACUGACUGUUGUCUCUGUGAAGACUGAAGAGCAUGAAGACAAACCACCAGAGUCCUCACAGCUUCAUCACAGUCCAAAUGUCUGUGAAGAACAUCUUCACCCUGAGCAACAGAAGUGGAGCUUCAGGAUGCGGACAGAGGAGCCGCAGCCCUCCCACAUUAAGAAGGAAGAGGAAUACACACUGAUACCCCAUUUUAAAAAGGAAGAGGAGGACCCACUGACACCCCAUUUUAAAAAGGAAGAGGUGGAUCCACUGACUCCUCACUCUAAGGAGGAAGAGGAGGACCCAGUGACCCCUUACAUUAAAGAGGAAGAGGAGGAAGAGGGCAUCAGUCAGCCUAAAUGGUUGGAGGAGUUCCCAGUGACUGUGAAGAGUGAAGAUGAUGAGGUGAAAGGUGAAAGUGAGGAGAGGGGAGGGGGGGAGCCUCCAAGCAGCAGCUCAACACAACACAUGACAACAGAAGCUGAUGGAGACCACUGUGGAGGAUCACAAGCAGACAAGCUCUUAGCUCCACUAUCAGAUAGUGAGGACACAACGUCACACUCUCCUGACACUGAUGAUGAAGACUCUAAAGAUGAUAAGACAUGUCACACUGACAACACUCACUUCACAUCUUCUCACUGUCACAAAACUUUUAAAUACCAUUGUCGUCUGAAAUCACACACGAGAACACACACUGGAGAAAAACCUUUUUCUUGCUCAGAAUGUGGUAAAGGUUUUACACGAAGUCAACAUUUGAAAGUACACAUGAGAACACACACUGGAGAAAGACCUUUUUUAUGUUCAAUCUGUGGUAAAGUUUUUAUUCGAAGGUACUAUUUAAAAUCACACAUGAGUACACACACUGGAGGAAAACAUUGUUCCUGCUCAGAAUGUGGUAAAAAUUAUACUCAAAGCCAUAAUUUGAAAACACACAUGAGAAUAGACACUGGAGAAAAACCUUUUUCAUGUUCAAUCUGUGGUAAAAAUUUUACUCGAAGGCAAAAUUUUAAAACACACAUGACAAAACACACUGGAGAAAAAAAAUGUUUCCUGCUCAGACUGUGGUAAAAGUAUCGUACUAAAUCAAAGUUUAAAAGUACAUAUGAGAACACACACUGGAGUAAAACGUUUUUCAUGUUCAAUCUGUGGUAAAGAUUGUACUCAAAAGAAGCAUUUCAAAGCACACAUGACACUACACACUGGAGAAAAACCUUUUUCAUGUUCAAUCUUUGGUAAAAAAUCUAUUCGAAGGCAACAUUUAAAAACACACAUGAGAAUACACACUGGAGAAAAACCUUGUUCCUUCUCAUAAUGUGGUAAAAGUUUUGUCAUAAGACAAAGUUUAAAAGUAAAAAUGAGAACACACGCUGGUGAAAAACCUUUCAUAUGUUCAGUAUGUUGUAAAAGUUAUAUAGAAGGACGACAAUUAAAAUUACACAUGAUAUAGCACUCUGGGGAAAAACCAUACUCCUGUUCAAGCUGCGAUAAAAGCUUUGGUCACCUAAGCACUCUUACAGUACACAUGAGAAGACACCCAGGAGAGAAAGUGUUGAGUUGCAGUGUGUGUGGUGAAAGAUUGUCUUCUAAGUAGCAGUGUAAGAAACACAAGUGUGCUGGUGAGAACAGCAGCAGCAAAUGAAACUGCAGGAUUUGAAAUAAACUGUCCAGACUUUCAUUUUGACUUUCUAACAACAUCAGCACAUAUAACAUGUGUGACAUUGUUGUUUGUCUAACAAUCUGUUUAAUAUGCGCCUACAUUUAUAGAUUAGAUAUUUUAUAUUAAUGCUUUUUUUCAGUCAAGUACAUGAGUUAAUAUACACAUUUGUGUACUUUGAAAUGAACACAACAAUUUGACUGAAAAGGUGAGAAUAAACAGUACAUACAAUUAUGUUACAUACAAUAAACAUUGUAUGUGUAAAUAUCCAUAAUUUACCUCUAUACUUAUUCAUAAUAGUGUUUUAUAUGUUUUUUGAAAAAUGACGUGUUACAUAUUUUAUUUUCUAAUUGUAGAUGAUUCCAUAGAUGAACUCCUUUAUAUGAUGUACAUAUUUGUUUUACAUGUGUUCAUACCUUUGCUUUUGAGUACACAUAAAUCCCUCUUAGUUCAUAUUUACUGGUUCACAUCUGAAACAUCUUCUGGACCACUUCUGGAAGCAUAUUAUUAUUUACUUUAUACAUCAUUUGAACAGUUGUCUUUUAUACAAGAUCUUUUACUUUUAUAAUGUGUGAUUUUUUGAAUAAUUUGUUGGGUCUCUAUAAUCCAUUCUAUUAGUUGUCUUUAUUACUCUCUUGUGUAAUAUGAAUAUUGUUGUGUGAUUGUUUUAUAUGUAUGUCCCCAGACUUUUAUGCAAUAAACAAUGUAUGUUUCAACUGAA